AUGACGGCGGAUAAAAUUCAGCUCAACACUCUCAAGCAGUGUCUCAUGUUCCUGGAGUGGUUGAAAACGGAUGAGGUUAUGCAGAACAAGGUGGCCAGUGAACUACACAGGCGUAUCAGUAAGUAUUUUAAAAAGGAUGAUAAACAUUUCAACCUACCAAACGUCAAAAAGGGCUUGUCGGAUUUCCUCACCACCGUGUCAGCGUUCUACACGAGGUUAUGCAAAGACCCAGCGCCCGGCAGUUAUACAGGAAAAAACCCUAAUGACAUCGUAGAUGCCUUUCUGGAAUGCCUCCCCAAGUUCCUCGCUGCGAUUUACUUUCUGGAGUACUGCGUGAAUCAGGCUUUCAAAGAUCUGGGCGGCGGGGGUUGGCAGCAGGAUUGGCCUGCGUGGAAUGCAGGCCAUUGGCGGGGAGGCGAUCUUGCUAACUAUCUCUACGCGAAAUCCGGCGACCGAAAAUACAACUCACGCACCGGCCUCAUACCCGGGGGCCUCACUUACGGCGAUGUGAGAUAUAGUAAUUGGCGUGAUUACUACCAAGGAUACAAUAUGGUUGGGGACCUCGGAAACAUCAUGAGCAAAGGAAACUACAACUUCCUGCGCAGCGUGUUUGUCACUUCGGUGUUCUCCACAGAUCGUGGCACCGCUAUGCAGAACACUGCGAACGCUGUCUCAUUGGUCAGAACCUUUUGCGAUAUUGUAAAAGAUGAGCAUUCACCUGACGGCGGUGAUUUAAAAAAAGCUUUGGAAGCUGGCCUUAAGAAUCAAGUCACACCAAGAUCAAUAUGCUGGCAAGACUUACAAUCCCACUGCGCUCAGCUUAGAGAUAAAUUGACCACACUUUUCAACAACGAGAAACGCUUUGACUUCACCGAACAGUCAACGCAACUUAAAAACCUUAAUAAAGAGGAGCUUGCGAGGGAAACAGCUAAUUGGAUGAGAGAGAAGCUGAACCAAGUGCGGGGGAAAUUGAAUGGAAUUAACAUGAAUGACCCUGCCGUCAACGAUCCCAAUAAGGGCAACCUUGGCGCAUACUCCACUAAUAACAUUUUCCCCUACGGAUUCACGUUAAAAGGACGCUUCAACAUGUCGCCAAAGGAAGUGAAGGCUUUGAUGCAGGAUUGGCGUGAGGUGAUCGAUGACCUUAAGAAAGGGAAUGACGGUUUGGAGAAGCUUAAAGAAAUCUUGGACGGAACGUAUGUAGGAGCAUGUAAAAUGCCUGAACCUUCCCAAAAGCCUGUGCCUGAAGAGAAAUCUCCGGCUACGCCACCCAAAAAGCCUGAAGUGCCGCCUGACCCUACCAAAACUGGCAGCGCAAGGCCAGUUGCUACCAAAACUGAGGCCACAAAACCUGUGGUCACCAAGGCCGAGGCGGCGAAGCCGACUGCAACUAAGGGUGGUGAGGGAGCACAGAACCAGGGAAAGAAGGCGGAGGGAGCACAGAACCAGGGCAAGAAAAGUGAGGGAGCACAGAACCAGGGCAAGAAAGGUGAGGGAUUUCCAACUCCACAAGUUACAGACUCGGCUGCUCCAUCUCCGACUCCCGGUGCUCCAGGAGAUGCAGGCCCAAAAGGAGAUCAAGGCCCGCAAGGGUCUCCUGUUACAGUGACUCCGGUGCCUACUGUUACAGUGUCUCCGACGUCUCAGGACACAAUUUCACCAGUUCAAAACACUGUGCAACAUCAACAACCUGUUCCAAGCCCGUCAAUUCCUCCCCCUCCACCGGCUCCUCCCAGUACUUCUGGAGCCCCUGGCUCCCCUAGUCAGCCAGGUCAGGGUUUGCCAGGCGAUGGUUCUCCAGGACCACUCCCUGGUUCCCCUCAAGAUUCUGUGCUUACUCAGUCUCCAAGUGCUUCAAGUUCAAGCCCUGGGUCAACUGGUGGCAGGGGACUGGGCAACAGGGUGAUCAAAAUGGUAGUAAAGAUGUUAGUCAGCCAACAAGUCAAGGCUCCGGUCAAACCCAAGCAGCGUCACUACUACGUCGGGUGCCACGGCGUCUGGUGGAGGUGGGGUAAAAAACAGUGCAAAUCAGAUGAAUAUUUAGUGAAAGAUUCCGGUGGCAAUGAAAUGUGUUUUCGAAAUCCUCAGAAUCCCGCCCCAACCAAAUCAUACGGCCCCAACCUUUCCCCCGAUUUUCUAAAGAAACUUAGAGAAAAAGAAGCAGACGUCCUUAAAAAGGCGGAAGAGGAGGAGGAACGGAGACGUCAGCAAUAUUUACAGUAUUACUAUCCUAAAACAUUUCAUCAGAUCCCUACUGCUGUUGAGUCUUCAGCCACUAUGGGCCUUGAUGGCGUCGACGUCUCCAAUGAAUCUUUGUAUGAUCCCGGCCUAUGGUGGGAACAAAGGUAUAGAAAUGAUUGGAAUUAUCCGAAGCAAUUAGUAGAGUGGACUGCAAAAAAGGAGCAAGAGAAAUUCGAGAGAAAUCUUGAAGAAGCUAAGCAAAAUGUAUCGAAACAACUUAAGGACACCUGGAUACUUCAGGAAUUACGGGACGACGACCUUGGCCACGUCGUCGUACCUUACAUACAUACGUCGAUGCCACUUCCGGAUCCGGAGUAUCCGGACCCGUUAGCACCCAAAGCUUUGUCACUGUCAGGAUCAGUCAUUGAUUCGCCGCCUCCUGAGACAGAUGACCCAGUGCCGCCGCCAACUGGUGACCAAUACGACUGGGACAUCGAAGUUGUACAACCGCAUCCAGACGCAGUGGAGAGCGCACUUAUAGGCAUAGAUCCGUAUUCUGACGUGAAAGACGAUGGACUGGUAUUCGAAAAAAUUGAUCGCCAAUCUGAUGCCAAACAAGAUUAUGUCGACCUCCACAUUGAUGUCCGCAAGCCCAUUGUUCAAGACCUUGUCGAUAAUCCUGAUGAAUACCUUUACUCCAACGCGGAGGAUAUCCUGCGGGACGAGUUGAAAAAUGCGGAGUCCUGGCAUGGUGAAGACAAAGGAUUUUCUGCCCUGCCCAAGAGUAAUUUCAACAUUGAAUUUACUCCAUCAUUUUUAGAAUCUGAUGGGAAGCAUGAUGCUGGUAUUACCCGCGGUACUCCAAGGAAGCCAUAUGACCAGCACAUUCCAGUGUUCCCUGACUCUGGAGUAUGCCAAAACCCGUGGUACGUCCCCGAUGCCUCCUCCACUACCGUCACUCCACCCCUCUCCCCGCCCCCAGACACGGACCAUCUGCCCCCGCCAGACACCGUCAGGGAAAUGCUCUGCUGGCUGGUUGGAAUGGCUGAGUUGGGGUAUAUUCCUUUCAUCGAGGACCAUCUUAAGAGCAUUUUGACGGAAUAUAACAAGGAUGUCUGCCAGCCUCCAGAUGCCCUCGAGGUCACCAGAGAUCCUUACACUCUGGACGCUGCCCGUGUCGCCAACACCCUGACUGAGGCGUCCCUCUACGGGGCCAGCGUUCUCCACAGGAUUAAACACAAGGACAAUUCGAAAGCUGUUUCAGUCCCUGAUUUCAGCUCAGAAUAUUCCAAACUUUGUUACUCCACCGACCCCGCCCGCCUCCUCUGCCAGCUGCGGGACUACGUCUACGCCUGCUGCCACCAGUUGGAGUUCCUGAGGUCGCAGUGUUCUCGGAAGCAGUCAUAUGGUGGUUGGCAGGAUUGUGAGUACGGCCGUGACAUCAAGAUACCGUCCCCCCUCCAGGCCUUCCUGACCGACGCCUCCACCUCCAAGUUCGAGACUCACCGCUUCGACCCGUGUGACAUCUGCCUCAAGAGCCGUAUCAACAUGGGAUUCCAAAAGGACGAUUUUUCUAAGGACUCCAACGAUGGCAAGCAUCUUCACACCAUCCUCUCUCCCAGCUGCGGCGGCGAGGAUCCCCUGCUGACAUUGUCCUCUUACCUCAACUGCCUCACCAGGCGGACGCCGCGUACCACCGGGGAGCUCGUCUCCUUCUUCCACAAUUUCGGGAAUGAGCUGCAUCAAUCAUCUCCACUGGGCUCCGCCCUCUCCAAGUCACAUGGCCACUGCCCCAACUGGGACUGCCUUGCUGAGGAAGAUCUACAAGUCAUCGAGGACCUCCGAGGCUCCGCCCCUCCCAUCUCCAUCCACGACCAAUGCCAUCCCAAGACACUGUCCACACUGCUUGGCUGUGGCAUCGAUAACGUCAACUGCCCACAACUGAUGAAGCCCAUCACCUACCGGGCCUACGCCCUGUACUCUUCCAGCUUCGUACACCACUACCUCAGCUGGGUGGUGCAUCUGACCGACAGGCUGUGGGAGUCACUGCAUCGGUUGCAUCAAGAUCUCGAGGAUCUUCAAUGUUCCAAGUCCAAGGCUCUUCACCGCUGCGCCGACGCCCUGCCCCUCCUCUACUCUCACGGGUUCACCCCGCCGGAAGGGACACUUCAGUCGUCACUCAAGUGUUCACAGCUCAUCGCCAAGCUGUGGGAAGUGGUCGCCGGACAGCCUAUCGCAGACCUCAUGACCGCCAUGGACACAUUCCUCUACGGCAUCCGAGAGCCCUUCGUCUACACUGUGUUUUCACUCUGGCUCACCGCCACGCUCUACAUCCUCGGCGUACUCCUCUACCGCAUCGACGCGCUACGCAUCCGCUCCCACCUGCGAUCACCCCUCAUCGCCACCCAGUCACUUCCCGCAGCGGCGCAUGUCAACUCACUCGGCAACUUCAUGUACCUCUAG